AGUAGCUUGAAAUGCGAAGAGCCAUCGUGUCAAGCUGUGGCUGAUGUGUUCUGGUGUGUUCUCUCCACACAGAUUGAGAAGUUGCAGAAUGAAAUCGAAAAAGAGAAGCAGAGUAACCAAGAUCUGGAGACCUUGAGCGAGGAGCUGAUAAAAGACAAAGAACAUCUACAAGUUGUUGUGGAGACGCUGAAAGCUGACAAAGACAGACAGAUAAAGGACCUUAAACAAGAAAAUGAUCACCUUAAUCAAGUGGUCUUAUCCCUGAGACAAAGAUCUCAAGUGAGCAGCGAGGCAAGAAUAAAAGAUAUUGAAAAAGAGAACAAGAUCCUUCAUGAAACAGUUACAGAGACUAGUAGCAAACUGAGCAAGCUGGAAUUUGAGAAGAAACAAUUGCAGAAGGAUUUUGACCAGGUUAAAGAAAAAGUGGAAAGUGGAGAGGGAGAAUGAACAUGACAGAGAAAUCGUCUGGAGAGGGAGAAUGAACAGCUCACAAAGAAAGCAGCAGCAAUGAAAAUAGUGACAGAGAAAGUUGAAGUUCUUGAGCAGGAGAAUGGGGAUCUGGAAGUGGAAAACAGGGAGCUGAGAAAAUCCCUGGACACAUUGCAGAGUAUUUCCAUCCGGCUAGGGGAUCUGGAAAGGGACAACAAGCAGUUGGAUGAAGAAAACCUGGAGCUUAGGAGAGUGGUGGAGACAAUGCGAUUUACCAGAACAAAAAUGGCACAAAUAGAAGCAGAAAAUAAAGAUUUGGAGAGGGAGAAAGAGGACUUGAGGAAGAGUGUGGAAAUGUUAAAAGCAAUGAGCAAGAAAUCGGAGAGGCUGGAGUUAAGCUAUCAGAGCGUCAACUCUGAAAACCAGAGGCUUCAGCAGAUCUUGGAGAACAGCAGCAAAAAGAUCCAGGAGCUAGAAAAAGAAAUACAGGGAAUGGGAAGUGAAAACCGGGUCCUCCAGAGAAACCUUGAGGAGCUAAAGAUUUCUGCCAAAAAGCUAGAAAGGUUAGAAAAGGAGAACAAAGCCCUAGAACAAGAAAUAUCUCAGCUUGAGAAAGACAAAAAAAUGCUAGAGAAAGAAACCAAACGGCUUUGGCAGCAAGUGGAGCUGAAAGAUGCUAUUUUGGAUGAUAGCACAGCGAAGUUGGCAGCUGCUGAGAAAGAAAACAAGACCCUUGAAAGGGAAAUUGCUCGAUUCAGAGAUUCAUCUAAUAAGCUGAAAGAAUUUGAAAAGGACAAUAAAGAUCUCAUAAAGCAAGUUACAAUUGAUAAAAGAACACUAGCUACAUUGAGAGAGGAUUUGGUCCUGGAGAAGCUGAAGAGUCAACAGCUGUCUAGUGAGCUGGACAAACUGAGCCAGGAACUGGAGAAGAUAGGAUUGAAUAAAGAGCUGCUGCUACAGGAUGAUAACGGCAAUGACGACACAAAAUACAAGAUACUGGAGAGCAAAACUGAAUCGGCACUAAAAACAACACUAGCUAUGAAAGAGGAGAAGAUUGCAAUGCUGGAAGCUCAAGUGAAAGACUCUCUGAACUUGAACCAGCAGUUACAGAAUGAUCUAAAUAUGGUGAAGAAGGACUUCGAUGCACUUAAGCAGACUCACCAAGAUGGGCAGUAUGCUCAGAAGUCACUGAGGUAUUCUGUAGAGAAACUCAUUCCCAACCACCAGAUGAAUGAGAAAUUGGAAAUGGGACACCGAGAAGCUACCAUGGAGCUGCUGAAAUUGAAGGACAGGGCAAUUGAACUGGAAAGGAAUAAUGCAGCCCUGCAUACUGAGAAGCAGCUGCUUAAAGAACAGCUGAAGCAUUUGGAAACACAGAAUGUCUCCUUCAACAAUCAGAUCCUGACACUACAGAAGCAAAACGUCUUUCUUCAGGAACACAAUACUACCCUGCAGACGCAGACGGCCAAACUACAGGUAGAAAAUUCAACCCUCAGCUCCCAGAGUGCUUCACUGAUGGCCCAGAAUGCUUUACUCCAAACUCAGCAGACAGCCAAGGAGAACGAGAAUGAAAAUCUACUGAAACAGAAGGAGCAGCUGAAAGCUGAGUAUGAGUCAUUGCUUCAGGACCACGAACACCUGGCUUCACUGCAUGAACGGCAGUCUACAGAAUAUGAAAUGCUAAUAAACCAGCACAGCUGCCUGAAAACAUUGCACAAAAACCUGGAUCUGGAGCACAAAGGUCUGGGUGAGAGAUACAACAGUUUAAUGAAACACAAGGCAGAAUUGGAAGAGUUGGAAAUAGUUUUAAAAACUGAGAGAGAGGUUUUGCAACAAGAGAGGAGAUCAAAUGCAAUAACUACUGGGGAAAAUCAGAAGCUGAGGGAGGAACUGGACAGGGUGAAUUUCUUGCACAGCCAACUAAAGGCAGAGUAUGAAGGGCUGCAUUCACACACUAAAGAGCUGAAAACUGCCUUGAACAACUCUCAGCUGGAGCUGAAUCGUUGGCAGGCUCGCUAUGAUGAGCUGAAGGAACAGCACCAGUCCAUGGAUAUUUCUCUGACCAAGCUGGAUAACCACUGUGAGCUGCUGUCCCGUCUAAAGGGAAAUCUGGAAGAAGAGAACCAUCAUCUCCUGAGUCAGAUUCAGAUGCUGAACCAGCAGAAUCAGAUGUUACUGGAGCAGAACAUGGAGAACAAGGAGCAGUAUCAUGAAGAACAGAAACAGUACAUUGAUAAAUUGAAUGCCUUAAGGAGACACAAGGAAAAACUUGAAGAGAAGAUAAUGGAUCAGUACAAGUUUUAUGAUCCUACUCCGAAAAAGAAAAACCACUGGAUUGGAGCCAGAGCCUUAGUCAAACUAAUCAAGCCAAAGAAGGAGACUACAAGGGAGCGGUUGAAACCAGCAGCAGAAAGCUCUCCAUGGCAUUCUGAACCCCCAGAGAUGAUAAAGUCUCCAUCUGCCUCCCAAAAAUUGAAACAUCAGCAAGAGACUCAGGAUAAUACCUCUCAAGGGUCAAACUCUAUGGAAGAGAGAGAGAACCCUGGGGAUUCUUCAAACAAAGUGCUAAUAGACCUAAAGCAAAAGAGGAAUUCCCAUCACGGAGGCAGCAAUGACAAUGUUGAAAUCUCGGCAGGCUCUGCGGCAAAACACUGCUGUGUGGAGCUGGGUCCCAGGACUUACUCGACCUCAGCUAUUCAUCUGCACACUUCCACCCCCAUCCCCAGGCUCCAGAGCCGACCAAAAGGCUAUAACUCAGAAGAUAAUCUAUGUGAACAGUCCCCUGAGGUAGAGUUUGCAAGCACCAGACAGCACGUGUCCAGGCCAAACAGUUUAGAGAGCAGUAGAAACGUUUCCAGCAGUAGUUCACCUCUCAAUUUGAAAGGUUCCUUAGAUCAUAUCCAUGGUAGAACCGAGAGUCUCAGCAGUGAAGAUAGGGUGCCAAGCAGAGAUGCACCAGCCUUACUCCGAGAUGCCUAUCCCUUUCACUCUGCUUCUGCCUUCCUAAGCUCAAGCAGCAGGCGUGAGUCCUCCUCCCAGAGGAAUGAAUUGAUCUCUUAUGAUACGCCUCAGAAGUGUAUUCCAUCCCAGUCUUACGCAGGCAGGCAGCGAUCUGCCUCACCAGGCAGUGAGAUGGUAACUUUGGAAGAGUUCUUGGAAGAGAGCAACAAGCUGUCCCCACCAAGUGACACCUCCAGUAACAGAGAUGACUUGCUCAGCGAUUAUUUUAGGAAAGCAAAUGAGCCUCCAGCUACUGGGAACCUGCUGGUUCAGCCAUCCAGAAAGGAGGGUGCUAAGACGCCCAUGAGUCUUGCUGCUCCAACUCUAAAGAUGACCAUCACCGACGAAGAAGGAAAAAUGGCUAAGCCUGGAAAUUACAUGAAGCCAAACCUCAGACAAGUCGAACCCGAGCCCCUGGCAAACUCCCAGGGGUCCCUUAAGCUUCCUCACACGCCACAGCACCAGCCUGCCAGUGGGAUGCGGCAGAUGGCACAGCCUCAGCAGCCUGGAACCGCGAGCAGGAGGAGUACGUCACUGAGCAGGGCAUUUAGCUUAGCCUCUGCGGACCUCCUCAGAGCCACCGGCCCAGAGACGUACAGGCAGGAGAGCCCUCAGAAGUCCGUAGCACACCUACGUGGGGGCAAGAAUGCCAUCAGUCAGCCUGCUAGGGCUUCUAUGCCAACGAGCUCCCAGGCAACCUUAAGGGAGAGGCCACAGUCUGCAAAGGCAGCAGGUUCUUUGCAAGGUGUCGAUUCCCGCUGCCGGCAGCUUGACACGAGACGCCUUUCCCUGGCCCCACCAAAAGAUGAGAGGCCGCUCUCUUUCCAUCAGGUCUCUGUCUCACCCACUGCAUCCACCAGCAAUCUGAAUGUGCAACAAGAGUGUGUGAACCCUGGGCAGCACUACUCACCCGCAUCGCACAUUCCCUCUAGAGUCAAACCUAAGCCAGCCCCUCGUACAGGGGAGGUGGCCACAGUGGCCCCUGCCAUAGCUGUUUCCAACAGCACUGAGGGAAAUGCAUCCCUAGGACAAGGUGAUGCCCUACUCACCAAGUGCCAGGGUAGGCUGCCAGAAGGCAGCACUGGGGCUGUGGAGGAGCACAUGAGAGGAAGCAGCUCAAACAGCACUCCCGGGUCUCCAGACCCCCAGGGGGAUCAGCAGACGGUUUGGUAUGAGUAUGGGUGUGUGUAA